AUGACACAGAGCCCAUAUCAUGACGAUUUCAUCCCUCAUCCCGAAGAUCCUGCAACAUGGGAAAACAACUCACAAUACGCUCCAACACCUGGAUAUUGCGGUAGUCCCAAUGCAACACGGUUCAACUACAGUCCUUCCCCCUCUGUUGAAGAAGGAAAAGUAUACGACAAGGACCCGCCGACCUGUAUACACUACCGUAUAGAGUGGCGUGUUACAAUCAACAAUCGAGAGGUAUCAAAGGACACGGAGGAAGAUCUUGUUUUGGCCCCUAGUGCCUUUUGGCAGCUGUUCUUGGAAAAGAAAUUAGAGAAAGUUCUUCGACGAAAGAUUGCCCGUCAUCGUCAGGUGAGAGCUGAUGACACUGCGAUUGUCGUUUCAGUGAACGACCGAACCCAGCGCAAUUUGACUAAACGAUUUGAUGAUACCGAAAUCAUUUGGGCCGCCAUCGAGAAGCAGCUUCGGAUGUGGCCAGGUCUAUUCUCCCGGGGUAAAGAGCUCACGUUGAAGAUCAGUUUUAAUUACGUAGACGACCGUCACUCUCCUCUAGCCGCUAGUCGGAAAGGGGAGAAAAGAGGAAAAGCCUCUGUCACGAAGAGAAUGCUCGAUGAGAGAGCCGCUCAGAUUGAUGCUGAGCAGGAUGCUUCUGGAGAAAGACCUAUCUGGCGCAGCGUCUACAACCUGAUGCGAUGCGCAUCCUCGACUUGCCCAUUAGGCCCAUAUUGUUGGGUGGAUCCAAUGGGGAAAAAGCAUUACCAACUGAAGACUCAUCAUCUGAAGCGGCUCGUUACCCACGUCGAAAAAGGUGGGGUGUUAGACGGGCACAAGGAUGUGCCAGAAACAGUAUGCGAAGAAUUAUAUAUGGAAGAGCAACAGAGACAAGAAAAGAAGAAUCGCAAAGGAGGACAUGUGACUGGAAAUGGAGCACCAUAUCCUGCUAUCAACAUCAAUGUCCUGCCCUCGCGGUCUUCUACCUCUGCAGCUGCACAGGUUUCUGCUGACUUCCAGUCUAUACAAUCUCCAGGCCCGCUUGAGAUCCCUGGACCUAGGGAUAAAGCGGUCAAGGAAUAUGGUGAAUGGCAGGUGUCAAAUGUCACUGAUGACACUCUCAAGGCUGCAUUUCGAGAGAUCUGUGAUAUGAUGAUCGACAAUGGUCUUGAUCUUGAGCAGGUCUACAAGGAUCAAGACCCGGAAUUCUUUAUCGGAAGGGGCAUAAAGAUAGGUAUUGCUCGACGGUUCGUAGAAGACAUUCGGCGCUGGGUCGAGAAUGUGAAGAAAGCAAUCCCUAGUUAUGACAUAAUUUAG